CUCGGGCAUGGGCUCCCUGUCUCUAUCCCUGUCGCCCAUGCUGCAUGGCUUCUGGGUAGACCCCAGCAAUGCGUGCCUCUUCCACUUUCACGGGGGCCGCCCGCUCGACGCUCCAGAUGUCUCCAAUUCGUAUGUGCUGCUCGUUUCACUGACCGCAUCCUUCCACCUUCCAAGGGGCAGGUUCAUUACACAGUACAUAUCAUCUUGAUGCGCCGCCCCUCGCGGGCCGCUCACUGAUCUUUUGAUGCUCCUCCCUCUGUCGUAGGGACCAACGCCUGACCAACGCAGGCCGAUUCAGCACGAUACAUGAUGCAGAUGCUGGGGUCUGCCCAUGCUGUCCUUCGUUUGGCCAUACUUUAGCCCACAAUCUCCAAGGUUUCUCCAUCCUCACACAAUCUGCCAACGACGCCACUGACUCGAUUGCUUCUGCUUGGGCCGGCGCCGGUUGGCCCUCACACCACCAACCGCGGGCUCGCCUCCUGCCCGCACGCACGGCAUUGAUUCUGGGACCCUCCAGGGUCCUACAGGCCGGCACGCAUUGCUGACCAUGUGGAUCGAUGCAAGCGCGAGGCAGAGUAGGAAUAGUCGCGAGCCCACGACCCGCGAAUCAUCCUCACCGCAUGAAGCAGCCGACAUAGGGUCGGCCAUUCUUUAAUCGUAAUGCCUCAUGGCUCUUCCGGACCGCCGUCAACUCCAGUUUCCAACAACAUCAAUAUUGCCAACGCCUCGCCGCCGCCAACCUCCUCCCCGGCGGCCCAGAGGUUCAACCCACCGCCCACAGACAGCAACGCCACGAUGAAGAAGACCAAGGUCUUCGGACCGGCCUCCCCUACCACUGCGAGGCCGCGGACAGGCCACCAGAGCAUCCGGGGCCUAAGAAUAUCGGGUCCCAUCCCCAUGCCGAGCACAAACCCCAUAGAGGACGACGAGUUUCCAAUACGGAACCCUGGGACCGGCAUUGCAAGUGCAACACCGCUGGACAGUGAGCCCGUCCCGCAGCACGCACCGCAGCACGCACCGCAACACGCACCGCAACAGACAAUCCCGACCCUUGCCUCGCCUGUGACACAAACCUUCUCUCCCGUCGCACAGUCUGCCGCAACACCGGUUCGUGCCGACACGGUCGACGUUCCACAAACCGUCCCGGAGCACCCUGGUUCGCCGUCGCCGCACCCGUACACUCACCCGCGCGCAUCAUCCGGGCCGAGCCCCGACGGCGGCGCCUCUUCCGCCGCAUCCGCCGCGAGGAGCUCUCCGGCUCGAUACCAGCGGACGAACCCCCCCUCCGCCAACACGCGGUUCUCGACCCUGAGCAUCAAUUCCGGCAAGACGGGCGACACAUCUGCUCACGAUGUCUCCAACAGCCCACCCCAGCGCAAGAAGUCAACCCUGCGCUCCGCUCUCAGCAAGUUCUUGCGCCGCAAGAAGAAGGAGGGCAGUCUGAGCUCUGUCAGCGAAACCGACCGCCAGUCUGCACUGGGCGGUGGCCCGCCGCAACAUCGCAGUGUUCCUCCGGCCGCGAGACUGGAUGCUGCGCGGCAAAACGAACCGGCGAAGCGCGUGGCAUCUAUGCCCGUCAACGAGUUCGACCGGGCCCUGCGGUCACAUUCGAUAGGGCCAGAUGACAUAACGGCCAUAGAGAGCGCGCGGAAUUCCUUGUCAUUCGAUGCUCUGGGAUCAUCACCCAACCGAAGGCGCGCCACCACAGCCACCAACAGCAAACUCUAUCUCAUGAUGGCCCCCAACCCACGGAGCCGAGGAGAAGAGUGGGCCGGCUUGUCUCCCCGGCCAGCAAGCACGCAUGCCCGCGGAAGUCGCUUUACCGAGGACGACCCCGAGGAGAUUGGCCGGGCGCUCACCAGCGACGCUGGCGGCGAGAAUGGGCACAAGCGACGCUCGCGGUCUCUGUCGCAGCUGUAUGAAGUGGCGCAGGAGCAGAAGGAGUCCCGGCGCCGCAGCCGCAGUGACGAGAUCCGCUUUUGGAGGGAAAGCUAUGACAUCCCGGGGCCACUGUCGCCACUCUCGUCGAACCCCAACGAGAACGAGACAGAUAUCGGCAACGAAGACCAAUUCGAACAUGGCCGGGCAUCAAUGAGCAUAGCGGAGUCGCAGGCAGCCGACAAGGCACCCAAAACACCACCGCAGCCUUUCAAUUUUGGGACCUUGUCCUCCAUGAACGAGAUGGCCGGGAUGAAAAUCACGCAGGCUGCAACUCUGGACGAGAGAUUUGGCUGCCUUGAAUCCCGUGUAUACAGGCUCGAGCGGGUGGUCAACCAGCUCUGCCACUCGGUGCCGGGGUUCAAGGGCCCUUUCAUGGAGGUCAGCACCGGGGCCGGGAGCCGCAGCGGUCUCCAGCGCUCGGGCUCAGGGGCCGCGUCUGCGUCCGGGGUCCACGGGGUCCACCGUGUCCCCUCGAACCAGCCGACGUACGCAUACAGCAACGUCGUACCGCCCAUGAUUCCUUCCAUCUACCAGACCAACAGCCGCGACGCAGGGCUGGCACCGUCCUCCCGCCGGUCGGCCGACACCGCCGACGACAACACCUCCUCUCGCAUGUCGUUCGGUGAGGGACGCACUUACAUCGACUCCUUGCACCCUCCUUCGUCAUCUGCAACGCAGGAUCAGUCUACCACCGGCGCCUCGGCGCCACAAGGGGCCGCGCUCCUCAGGCCAAAAUCCGAAUCCACCGUGCGCCCUGCAACGAGCAUGCCCUCGCUGGGACCCCGGGCAUCUCAGUCAAGCAUCGAGGAUUACCCACAGAAUAGCGCAGCUCUCGUCGCGCAGCUCGAGAGCGAGCGCGCAGCCCGUCAAGUCCUCGAGGACCAGGUGCGCAAGCUUUCGGAGCGCAUGAACAACCUGUCAUCCACGAUGUUUGCCAUGGUGCGAGACCCGGCAAAGUCCAAGUCGAACGAGCGCCUGCGGCCGCAGACGGCGACUUCAGCCACCAUGCCUUCCAACAACACCCACCUAGCGCCCAUCUCGGUCAACACGAACAGGGUUGUACCCAACGUGGACCCGUCAAGCAAGGCGCAGAGCAUCUUCGGAAAGGACAGCCACUUCAGCAGCGUCACCAACUCGCCUGCGGUCGAGACCGCCGACGACGAGUUCUCCGAGGCGUUCCAGACGCCGAGGGAGGAGCCAGGCGCGACCCCGAACCCACAGCAGUACGAGCCGUUCGGCGGCGUGGACGAGUUUGGCGGCGUCGUGGCGGGUGACGAGGACGAGGCUGACCUGACGAGGAAAAAGGCUGCCAGGACCCUGAGCUUGAGCCAGCUGACCAUGGGCAAGGGGCUGCCGACGAGGAUCUGAGCGGGUGUGGCCUUCCGCAGCCAGCCCUCUGCCUCCACCGACGAGAGUCAACCCGCCAUUAUCACGCUAAGCAUGUCUUUGUAUUCCAACCGUUCCCGUUCCGGAUCACCAUCACUACAACCUACACGACCAAAGCACGAAACGACCACCCAGUGUACACCUCAUGCUACCACAUCAAACCGCACAAAGAGAGAAGAAUAUCCCGGUGCUCUUUACAGACGAAAGAUACCCAGCCCUGCCGUUUUCAUCUGCUGUAUUUUUAGACAAGUCCAUUUUUCAACCAAUUUUUGCAGGGCGUCUAGCGCAACGAGGACGUGGCGAGCGAUCGAGCGUGCUGCGCUUCUUUGGUGGAGGCACGCGUGCUAUCUUGUUAUUUUAAUCCUUCUCAACCGGCGUGUCUGUUGGCAGAGGGGCGGGCCUAGGCGUGUUCCACGGGGAAGGGAUUGGGCGGUGGCAGAUCUGAUUCCGUAUUUAUUUACCAUUCAGCGAGAGAGGCACCUCUGCAUUCUCACCUAGACCGGGUCAAGGGUUUGUCAUAUCUAGUGCUCCUGUCUUCCAUAUUCAGGAUGUGUCUUAAUUUUCCUCCUACGUUUCACUUUGUUGAUUUAGCUUACCAUCAUUUUCUUGUGUCUCAACUUCAAUUUCUACCUCCGAUUUCGACCUACCUGGUCCGUGGCUGCUGAUGGUCGGGAGGGUGUGGAUGCAUGUAUGUAGCUUGACCUGGCCUGCCAUUCUUCACGAGGCCGCCUACUCUCCCGCCUUUCUGCUUCGAUCAUUCUGAGAAUAGGGCGCAGCGCGGCAUUUGUCUAUUCACACGCGAGUCACACAUUGUCCUUGAGGCGUACUUGUCCGCCUGCAC